AUGAGCAAGAUUGUGGACACGGUAACCUCUGUAACCGAUCAGCAGAUUAUCCAGGAAUUGCAAAAACACAUCGACACAACUCGCUACGGUAUCGGGCUUACCACACUUUUGAAACAUCACACAGUCAAAACCAUUCAUGAUGCAAUGCUCAAUUUACGUGCUACAUAUCUGAAUGCUGGUGCACGUGAAAUGGUGAGUCUACUAUACCAUGAACGGGAAAUGAAUGUUGCUAGGAGGGUUGUGACAGAGUACUUUGCUUUGUACGAACCAAAACUUGUUCAUCAGCGCAAGGCUUGUCGCCUUCGAAGGAGACGCUUCUGGGCAGCUGGCAUGAAUGAUUUAUUCGCAGUCGAUCAGCAUGACAAGUGGCUCAGAUUUGGUCUUGGGCUGCAUACCGGUGUUGAGCCUUUCUCUGGUCGUAUAAUGUGGAUUCGGCUCAUUCUGAGUUACUACCUUAACACAAUCAAGGCUCUCGGUUGUAAUGACCCGGGGUCCGAAAACUAUGGGAUUGCAAACGCGCAUACCAUGCUGCGACAGUAUCACAACAAAGCUUUACAUGGUACACUCCAAGCAUCGCUGGAUGCAAACGAAGAAGAAUGUUAUGCCAGAGAUCACAUGAAUCUUCUUGAUCAUGGUGUCAAUUCUGGUUGGUAUGAUUCAAAUAAUACCCUUCAAGUGAUGGUUUUCCGUUGGGUUUUCAUACCGUGGCUUCAGCAGGAGCUCGAUGCAUAUCAGGAUCGUAUUAACAAUACUGCCAAGUGGCAUGACCGCAACAAAAUUCUUCCUCAUGGAGUACCCAAUCUUAUCUACCAUUCAGCUGAAGAUUUUGGAGCAUUGGAUUUCAAGAUUCAAAUCGAACCCGAGGCCCUAGACUUUGUCCAAAGUCUUUACAUCAAGCCCUCUCAUUGCAUGUUUGACCUGCAUUGCUACAACGAUCUCAGUCACCCAGUUAUCACACGACAAUCAGUCUGGGACACAUAUCGGCUUCUGCUAGAUGCCCUCCAGCUUGCUGACAAGUUACCAGGCGAAAUUCAGCUGCAGGAUGAUGAAGAUGAAGAUUUUGUUCCACUUUUAGAUGACUAUCAAGACUUACCUUCUCGCGAGGAUCUCAAUGGCGCCUAUUAUAUGGGUGGUGUGGGCAGAAGGACUUGGCCUUGUCAACUAGAUGUUCUUUCACACAGUGAUGAGCUGGAUAUCACAACAGGGAUUGACGAAAGCUUGAUUGGUCUUGAUCACGCUGGUUUGGUGGUUUGGGAGUUCUCGGAUUGCGAAAGUGACGAUGAAAUGGUAGAUGGAUGGUGA